UCGUAGCAGCUUGCCCGCCAGGCGAAAAGAAGCUGUAUGCUUACGUGUUCCUUGUGGCUGUUUCUGAACCCGUGUUGAAACUGUUUAAACUACCUUCCUGCUUGUGGUACUCCCACUACAAACGUACGUACAGUCAUGAUUGACAUACCGUUCCUGACGCCACUGUUGGACCGGAUUCCUACAUACAUGGAUUUCGAGGGACAGAAGGUAGCGGAGAAAAUAUUUCAAGUGGUCAUAGUUGCCUUUGCGGCGGCUGGACUUGUCUGGGGAUACAUUGUGCAGCAGUUCUCCUACACUGUCAUCAGCCUCGGAAUUGGUUUUGUCAUUUCUUGCCUGCUCACGCUACCUCCCUGGCCAGUGUACCGCAAGAAUCCCAUUCCAUGGCAGAAGCCACGGGAUGAAGCCGGGUCUUCUUCAAGCAAGUCCAGCAAGAAAAAGAAAUGAUCAACCACAAACGAGCCUUUAAUAAUCUUUAUCGCUUCUCUCUCUUUUUUUCUUCAUUAAGACUAUUUCAUAUUUUGAGCGAAUCUGGAGCUGUGGUGGGUGUACCUUUUCAAUAAAUUAUCCACAGUCUGCCUUCAAUUCAGGGCAUGAAUAAGAAGGCAGUGCUUGGCA